AUUUCGACCAAGGAUUAAAAGUCUUACUGUACUUAGAAGAGGAUGAUGACUUCUUCUAUAACACACCUUUAAAUGGAGCUCAGUUACAGUUCUCCGAUGCUUACGAUUUUCCUGAUGCACCAAGUGGCAGUUUUUCAAUGCAAAUAGUUAGUCCACAUGUUCAUUUGGAGGUAUUAGCAUCUGCAUCGUUUACGGAAGCGUCCCGGGAUAUAGAACAUGUACCGUUGAAACUUCGCAAAUGUUUAUUUUUCGAUGAGUCCUCGUAUCUACCAUUUUACACCCACAGCGAUUGUCUACUCAAGUGCCGUAUGUCCUUCCUAAUGGAUAAAUGCAAUUGCACGCCUUUCAACAUGCCUAAAAUAAGAAACACAAAGACGUGCGAUUUAACAGAUGUGCCCUGCUUAAUGAAGUACCAUGCCCAAUCAACAACUGUCAGACCAGAUUUAGAAGAAAUCCCACCGGAAUUGGAGCUUGACCUAGUCGCAGGCGGUAUUUACUGUCCAAUGUGUUACCCAACUUGUUCAAAGACCACUUAUAAUUACGACUACACCAACGUUCAUAUCUUUCCGGACCACGUCAACCCGACACCGGUUAAGGACAAGAUACACUGGCUGCAUGGUGCAAACUUUACAGGCACUUCCAUUGUACACGUUAAAUACGGGAGGGAGGUGGCUGAUUGUUACGGGCAGAAUGUUAUUAUGAAAUGGUUUGAUCUGAUAAGCAACAUUGGCUCAACAUGCGGCUUUGUAACCGGUUUCAGUUUUGUGUCUGUAUUGGAAUUUGUUUAUUUCUAUACGGUAAAACUGAUCAGAGAAUAUGUUGAUCGACAGCGACGCGAACGCCGCAUUGCGAGCGGCGCUUCCACUCCCGCCCAAUUCGAUCAUGACAGUCGAUACAGACCGAUAUAUUGGAACGAAAUUACUGGUCCUAAAGGGUCCAGAGUAGUGAACCAGUUUUAAAGGACGAAGAUUUGAUUCUUUAAUGAAUUUGUUAAUAAUGAAGUAAAGUUUUGACUAAACAGUGUUUCAACUAAAAAUUAAGACACUAUAAUAAACGUGCAUUAUAAGUUACCGACGUGUUCAAUACCAUUCUUUGGAAACAAUAUCGUUACCAUGGUAACAAUUUAACAAAUACGACACUAACUUUAAUAUACAUUUUUUAAGAUCGUUAUCGUUUAAAUGUUGUA